AGGGCGACACUUCUUUAGAUGCGAUUCGCAGAGGACAGUUGUCACGCAUUUAUGCGUCGCCGGGCCUGAGACAAUAGCGUUAAGGGAGCUAUGAGGGUGCUUCUAGUAGCUGGGCUCUGCUGGUCGUGUAUUAUCUUCAUUUAUUGGUUACAAGGUUUUUGUAAUGCGACACCAGUUAAUAGGGCGCAGCAUGGCGCUUGCAAGCGUCUGUGGCCCCAAGGCCUUACAUUGAAAAUGAUGCCCUGCUACUACAUGUGCGUAAUUUAUGGAAGAAAUGGACCUAUCCACACAGAGAUUCGCCGCGAGGUCGAUGGAACGCCUUGCUGGGAUCAUCAAUAUGGAAACUGCAUCGGUGGCAUCUGCUGGAAGCGGAGUCUUUCAGAAAGCACCAAAUCCACACAUGGCGAUCGACUGCAGACCCAGGAGCAAAUUCUUCAUCGUAAGAAAAGGGACACGUAUAUAGGCCCUGACACAGAAGAUGAAGAAGACGAUUGGGGCGAAACACUCGCCGAAAAUCCGACAUCCUGGCCAGCCGAAGGAACCUCAAGUCAAGAAGAGGAGGAUGAAGAAUGGGAUGCUGUUCCACCAGUAUCGUCACUUGCACCUGGGCUAAAAGAUGCAAAUCUAACGCCCGGUUUGAUACCAGAAAAAAACGCCCCAAUACCAAAAGCAGGUCUACUCCCAAACGGUUCCAACAUCCUGGAUGGUAGGCCAAGCUCUGCAGCCGCAUCCAACCAAUCACAUCUCACUCAAAAAUCAACACCCUAUAAAAGCACAUCUCUUGCAGCUGGAGGUUCCCGAGAACCGGGAGUUGGAGUAGCUCCAAAACUACAGCAGCAAGCAUCGCCCUCUACUGUGAAUGGACAACCCUUACAGAAGCAGAGGCGGCGAAGGAAAUUCAGAAGAGGAAAACAAAGCACCGCUUAUAGUAACAGGCAGCGUGGGAGGAAAAGAAGGAGAAAAAAUGGAAAACGACCAAGAGCGCAACGACACCAGAAUACUACAACGGGAGCUAAAAUAGAGGAUAGCAGGAUACACACGAUCCCCAACUUUCCUGCGAGCAUUGUAAGUGGACCACAGUCUCAAGAAAGCAAAGGCACCACGAUGUUAACACCAGACAUGGGGCCACAUAGCACUAAAAGUCUACGAACCACGACCGAACAAGAACAACAAGCAAACAAGAAGGCGUCGAUGGCUACUCACAUGAGUAAAGUAAGAACCCGCAAAGAAAAGCCUGAAGAAACAGGGACAACACCCGUGGCUGUAUUCAGACACGAAGAAAACGGGUUCAAUGAGAAAAACAAUCCAGGAAUUUUCCAUCCGACAUCCCAUGAAAUCGCGGGAAGGCCACCUCCCAAAACGCAAAGCGCUGUAAUUUCUUCGACUCUACCUACCCUUGCUGCUCAAAGUCCAACGCCACCAUUUUCAAAACACGUAAGUGGUCCACGAAAAAGCACUCUACCGCAACAUUUGCCAUUGCAGCCAGUAAUCAGUAUUGUAGAUAAGGGACCAAAUAUAGGCGUUGUUAGCGAGCCCACUAAGACUACAUUUACUGCGAAAGCUAGCGGUGAAGCCACAGGACACGCCUUAUUGAAAGACGAAACAGCGCCGAUUCCACCAGCCUUGACUCCAACUCUUACAUCAAGUGCUGGGAAACCAGCCUUAGUAAAUGUUCCUGUAACAGGCAUACCUGUGGGUGCCAUCGCGAAGACAGCGUCACUAAAAAGUGGUCCAGGAAGAAUGACUCCACCACAUUUGCCAUCGCAGCCACUCAGCAGUAUCGUAGAUAAGGGACCAAAUAUAGGCGUUGUUAGCGAGACCACUAAGAAUACACUUAUUGCGAAACCUAGCCCUGAAGCCACGGGACACGCAUUAUUGAAAGAAGACACGGCGACAAUUCCCCCAGCUAUAUCCCCCACGUUUAUAUCAAGUGCUGCAAAACCAGCCUUAGUAAAUGUUCCAGUAACAGGCAUGCCUACGGGUGCCAUCACGAAGACAGGGUCAUUAGAAAGUGGUCCAGCAAAAAUGACUCCACCACAACAUUUGCCACUCCAGCCAGUCACCGCUAUCGUAGAUAAGGGACCAAAUAUAGGCAUUGUUAGCGAGUCCACCAAGACUUCAUUUACUGCGAAACCUAGCCUUGAAGCCACGGGACACGCCUUACUGAAAGACGAAACAGCAACGAUUCUCCCAGCCUCGACUCCAACUCUUACGUCAAGUGCUGGAAAACCAGCCUUCGUAAAUCGUUGCUAG